AUGCCACAUUCAUUCGGUCUUAGAGCUAGAACUCGUCACUUAUUCGCUAGAGAAUUCCGUACCAACGGUCCAGUUAAGUUAUCCACUUACUUAAAGACCUACCGUGUUGGUGAUAUCGUUGAUAUUAAGGCUAAUGGUGCUAUCCAAAAGGGUAUGCCACACAAGUUCUACCACGGUAAGACUGGUGUUAUCUACAACGUCACUAAGACCUCCGUUGGUAUCAUUGUUAACAAGCAAGUCGGUAACAGAUUCUUAGAAAAGAGAAUCAAUGUCCGUAUUGAACACAUCAAGCACUCCAAGUGUCGUCUUGACUUCCUUAACCGUGUCAAGAAGAACGCCGAAUUAAAGGCUGCUGCUAAGGCUGCUGGUACCCGUGUUAACGUCUGUCGUCAACCAGAACAACCACGUGAAGCUCGUUUCGUUUCUACUAAGGGUAACACUCCAACUACUGUCGCUCCAGUUCCAUACGAAGCUCUUGUUUAA